AUGCACAGCCGUCGCGGUGACCCUUCGCGGCGAAACAACGCGCCACGGUCGCCGACGUCGCCCGCUGAUGCUGAACUGGGAGACCUGGAAGCAGAGAAAGAUGAGCCACGGAAGAGACAGAGGUGGUCAGUGCGCACCUGGAUCUUAAGUCUUGCUGCUUGCCUUCUAUUGCUCUUUCUCUUUUCUAUCAAAGUGGAGUUCGGCUUUGGGUACGUUUUUGCACAGUGCGUGUUUAAGGCGUACCACCCUUUGGACGAGUACCGCAAGUCGGGUGACAUCUAUCCCAGCGUCUCUGCCAUCCUUGAGAAGGCCCCCAAGGGCUGGGGCAGCGUGGAUUUUCCAACGGACAAGGCAUCCCUGCACAACUACACGCAGAUCUAUGAUGUGCUUCUGGCGCCGUAUCAACACACCGCCAGGAAUGUGUUGGAGAUUGGUAUCAAGAAAGGUGGCAGCAUGAAACUUUGGCGUGAAUUCUUUGACGCCUCGGCCUUCAUUUAUGGCAUGGAUAUUGAUCCCUCGUGUCCCACCUUCACACGAGAUGCGCACAUGAAAUCGAUCAUUCUGGAUACCAACGUGAGAAAGGACGUUGAGGCAGCCGUGGGGGACCUACGUUUUGAUAUCAUUGUGGACGAUGGAUGCCACACCAAUACCUGCAUUUGGAAUUCCUGGAAAGCCUUGUUUCCAUCCCUGGAGCCGCAUGGAGUGUACCUGGUGGAGGACUACCCCAAAUUCAGAGUGGAGAGCAGCUGGGCAGAUGGAAAAAUUGCCAUGGAUUUUCAUGGCUAG